CUUACAAUGAACCACAAUGGAGAAGUAGGAAGCCUCACAUACUCUGGAUUGUAAUUUUAAUUUAAGGUUUUAUUUUAGCCUUAGCAUACUCACAGGUACUCGGUUUGUGUUUAAUUGCGCUUCUCUAGCCUGACACGCAAGUUGUCAGAUACUGCAGCUUUUCUAUCAGCGCUUUAAACAAGGAAAUAAUCUCAGGCUAACGUUAUGUAGCUAAUCUCAUUUAUCUGUCGGAAAGUCAUCUGUCAUUUGAGUUACAAGUCCCACAAACAGGUAUGACCGAGUACAAGCUGGUGGUUGUCGGUGCUGGAGGUGUGGGGAAGAGCGCUCUCACCAUCCAGCUCAUCCAGAACCACUUCGUGGACGAGUACGAUCCCACCAUCGAGGACUCGUACAGAAAGCAGGUGGUGAUUGAUGGAGAGACGUGUCUGCUGGACAUCUUGGAUACCGCAGGUCAGGAGGAGUACAGCGCCAUGAGGGACCAGUAUAUGAGGACAGGAGAGGGCUUCCUGUGUGUGUUUGCUAUCAACAACACCAAGUCGUUUGAGGAUGUGCACCUUUACAGAGAGCAGAUCAACAGGGUGAAGGACAGCGACAGCGUCCCCAUGGUGCUAGUGGGCAACAAGAGCGACCUGAGCUCUCGCACGGUGGAGUCGCGACAGGCGCAGGAGCUGGCGCGAAGCUACGGAGUGCCGUUUGUCGAGACUUCUGCCAAAACCAGACAGGGUGUAGAGGAAGCGUUCUACUCUCUAGUGCGAGAAAUUAGAAGAUAUAAAGAGACCAACCGCAGCAACAAGAAGAACAAGAAGAGCAAUCAGAGACGUUGCAUCAUACUAUAGCGCACACACACAGUCAGCAUCCCUGAGAGCAUUUGUUUUAUCACUCUGGAGACGUGAGUGAGGCCAAUGUGGCAAACCUUUUUUUAUGGACAGUGGUUCUUCACAUUUAUUCGUUCAAUAUUGCACUUUGCAGUCAGACCAGGUGACGAGCUCAGUCCAAAUUCUGAUUAUUUUGGGACGUAAUACCUUUUUUUCCCCCCCUCAAAAGUUCAGUGCUUCUAGUGGCAGUAGAACAAAUGAACAUUUCUAUUUCCUGUAAAGACAUUUAGUCUUUAGGCAGAAAGUCGAUCCACACAUUUCUGAACUUUAAUGUCUUCUGAACAGAUUGUUGUAACUUUUGAAGCUUAAAACGCAGCAGCGUUACGCUUUUCUCACUAAGACCGUCGGUGAACUGGUUUAGUGCAAGAUGGUUUUAUUAAAGCCUGCUCUAGAUUCACGCGCGUCCUUUCUGUAUUCGUGAGUUUAGGGUUAUUUAGUGCCACUUUAAAAGUUUACUCAGGAAUUUUUAUCAGGCACUGAAUAACCGCAAAGCUCCACUCCGUUUUAACGCGUUGCCACCGCUUCUUUUCGGUCCCAGAUUUUCACGAUUUAUUCAACAGUCUGCUUUUAAUGCAGAGUUCACUCAGUGUUGGGUGUUGCAGUAAUAAUUCACAUUGUUACGCCACUAU